AUGACCACCCUAGUAACCAUUCCCAACGUCACUGCGUAUCAUCUCCCUACCCCAACUUCCGAUCCUUUACCUCUUUCAACCGGAGAACUCAACCUCACUGUCAUCCCCGCCAAUCCUCCUACCCAUCCAUCUUCCACUUUGACAUUGACAGUUGGUGGAUCAUCAUUCCCCUUACUUCCAAACAGCCCUUUGCAAAAAGUUCAGGCGAAGGAGCAACAUCCAAGUUAUAUCUUCUCUCCGGUUGCUGCGGAUGGAGGUGAACCUGUUGGGCAGGUGAAGCUUCGAUUGAAGGAUAGCGCCAAUCAAGGUGAAUGGGAUGCCUCUGAAGCUCUCACCCACAGAUUCGAAGCGGCUCUCAAAGAACACAAAGUGUGGAACGAAACUACCUUGUUUGUAGAUGACGAGUUUGAGACCGGAGGAGUAGCCAAACACACUCAAAGAUGGGGUGAAACUAUUGCUGGAGCAGUCACUUCCGCUGGUCAAGCUCUAGCCGAGAGAUUAGGAGCUUACACCGAUCGACAUAUCGCCAAAACCGAUCCUGAACAUCCUGCCCCCCCAUCAGACCUUACCAAAGAGCGAGCUAGUGCAUUAACAGAUGCUACACACCGACUUUCCGAAUCUGCCGAAUCAGGAGCUAAUACAGUCGGAUCAUACGUACAUGAUACGGCCAAAUCAAUCGGAGCUUCUUUACCAGAUAGUAUCGCUAAGAAGUCUGAACCUGUAAAAGAGGAAGAUAAGACAGAGUUCAGAAAAUUGGCUGAAGAUGGUUGGGAACAAAUCACCAUCGCCGCAAAAGGUAUCGCAGGUGCUGCUACUACAGUUGGAACAGCUCUUAGUCAAUCAAGUCAUCGAGCUGUCGAACACAACUUCGGUAAAGAAGCAGAAGGCGUUGCACAAGAUGUUGGUCAAACAGGGGCCAAUAUCGGUUCAACAGCUUUAUCAGGCAUGAAAGCCACCAGUGUCAUCGUCCAAGGUGGUAAUGCUGCCGCAGGAGCUUCCGAAGCCAAGUAA